AGACACCUGGCAGAAGGUGGGGUAGGGGUGUCAAGCCGGGGCAGAAAGAAAGCAGACUGCGCAGGCACCGAAUUUCGCGGUCGAGCAUUAUGACGUAAUCAGGCGCCAGGACUUGGACCGGGACCGCGGCCCGUCCAAGACGUUGCGCGGGGCGUGACGCAGAGGUGUUCGCCUCCUCCUCCUCCUCCUCUUCCUCUUCCUCCUCCUCCCCCCGCCCCGUCUCCUCCUUCCCCCGCCCACCUCCUUCCCCCCUCCCCCUCACCCGCCCCCCCCCCCCGGGUCCUAGAUUGGGGCUUCCCGGCUAGGGGGCUGCCGCCGGGUGGAGAACCCCAGGGCGGAGUACCCCGGGGCGGAGCUGCAGCGCCGCCGAAGGAGGCAGCAGCUGCCGCGGCCGGAGACUCGAAGAGGAGGAGCCGCGGCGCCGGGCCCAGCCGCGGAGCCCUCGCACCCCACCCCGCAGCCCGGCGCCUGCCCUGCCCAGGGUCGCCCCCUCGCCCAGCUCCCUCCCCUUGGUCCCAGGGCAGCGGGCGAGCGGUCGCGGAGCAGGCGGCUGGGGGGUAUAUGGCGGCGGCCCUGUCCGCCCUUGCUCUCCGGCUCUCCCGAUCAGCCGCCGCCCGCUCCUAUGGAGUCUUCUGCAAGGGGCUGACCCGGACCCUGCUCAUCUUCUUCGACCUGGCUUGGCGGCUUCGCAUCAACUUUCCCUACCUCUACAUCGUGGCCUCCAUGAUGCUCAAUGUCCGGCUGCAGGUACAUAUUGAGAUCCACUGAAUAUAUUUGGCUGACUGUAACAAAGUACUAUUUCUGGGUUUACUGCUUCAUAACAUGGAAACUGUGAGAGACAGAAGAACUACUCUCGCCAGUCGCCUCAUUAACAUGAAAGGGGAAGAAGACAUUGAUUCCAACAAAGUAUUUUGUAAGGUUAAUAAAAGACAGCAGAAGGAGAUCCCUCAUCUAUCAGAUACAUGCUCCUGGUCAAAUAAACCUGGAGUUGAUUUCAACAGAAGUUUACACAAGGAGCUAUUCUCCUCUGAGAUGAAGAAUUAUUUGAGUAAGGCUGAUCCAUUGCCACAUAUUGGUAACAAAAUGCCUCCUUAUUUGAGAAAAUCAACAAGAAGAAAUUCAACUAGAGCAGCUGCUCAAAAAGAGUCAGUUAAUGUGGUUUUUCCUGCAAAAGAACAUUUUGCUAGGAUUUUCUCUGGUAUUAAUGAAGCAAUAGUGAGUGACUGGCUAGAAAGAGCUAUCUGUUCAAUUAAUGACCUCAGAGAGUGGUGUCACAUAGGGGAUAAUUUUGUACGGUUUGCAAAUUUCUGGCUGUCAGAACUACCAAACAAACAAAAAGCAAACUUGCUGCAAUUAGAAAUGGGGAUCUUUGAGGAUGAACUGCAAAGCGUGUUUUUUGAGGAAGUAGGCACUGAGUUAGAACUCUCUCAACUGCACUCCGUCCUUUCUGCAACACUGUGCGAAUACCCUGAAGUGCUUCUGAAUGAUGAAACAAAAUAUGUUUUCCUUGACUAUCUAAACCUCAUGUCUUCAGAGCAAACAAUAGAAUAUAAGAAAAUGCUUUCAAGUUUAAAAUGUACAACAAACAAUCUUCAGAUAGCACUGUGGUUGCUAGCUCUACGAGCAUUUGCAUUAGCAAACCUCUGGCAUGCAGUAGUUCAGUUUUAUAAGGCAGUGGUCAGUAGCCAGCCUCCUCCUGGACUACCUAGCAAGAGUUCUGUUUCUGCUACUAGAAAACAAAAAAGUGAACUGUUUAAAGAAAGAGCUUUUCAGUGCAUUCAGUUGGGAUACAUCGAUGUCUUACACUAUCUAAUAAAAAGCCAGCAGAUUGACCUUUAUGUUGUAGAUGAGAACAACCGAAAUAUGAUAUUUUUAUCCAUCAUAUAUAAUCAACCAAAGAUUCUGGAGUACUUUUUGGACAUGGAGCCUCCUAUUCCCAAUGUAAACCAAGCAGCAGAAAAUGGAAAUACUCCACUUCAUGCUGCAGUCAACAGUAGAAAGACAAAUAUCAUGUGUCUUCUUUUGCGUUUUGCUGAAAUUGAUGUCAAUGCCCCCAAUCACCAGUGUAAUGGAGCAACAGCUUUACAUCUUGCUAUCAUUUAUGGACAUCUGGAUAUUUGUUAUUUGUUGCUGAAAGCUGCUGCUGAUCCAGAAAUUCCAAUGGGAGAAUUGACACCUUUGCAACUUGCUCAGCAAAUGGGUAAUAAAGCUAUAGAAAGCCUAAUAAGGUUUCAUGUUAACAAAUUGAAAAAAGGAAAAUAAAACAUUUUCAAAACAGG